AUGGAGUUCACUGACCUGAAUUCACAUGAGGAUGAUAUAAGUCAAUAUUUAGAUGGUUGGGAACAAGUAUUUGAAUCAAUUCUGGAAUUGCUAGUUGAUUAUGAACAAAAUCGCUAUACGUUCAGCAUUGAUGUAAGGGAGAACAUUUUGACCAGAAUGGAGUCUGUGAUUGUUGUAAUUCAGCAAGUUUUAAGUGUGUCAGCUGUUAGAAAUCUCGAAUGUGCUCCAUUUCUCGAGGAACUUCUCAGAAACAUACGUGCCUUGUAUUUAGACUGGACUAGAUAUGGAACGGAUUCUCGGUGUACGAAUGUUGCCAUUUAUUCUCUCCAAUGUCCACCUGUCAUCCGAACGGUAACACCAGGCAGGCCUAGACUGGAUAUACGAGAAGAUGUAUUGAUUCAGUUGAGAUCGUUUGGUUUUACGUGGAAAAACAUAUCUCAAAUGUUGCUUGUUUCAAGAUGGACUAUUAGAUGAAGAGUAAUAGAAUAUGGCAUUCAGGAGAUUACCGGAUAUUCAAAUAUAUCGGAUGAGGAACUGGACAUUAUUGUUAGGGAAUUUAGCGGACAACAUGGAUCACUUGUUGGUUGCUCAAUCGUGAAUGGUCAUCUGAGAUCACUUGGGCUUAGGUUACAGCGACAAAGAGUAAGAGAAAGUCUUGCACGUGUAGAUCCCACAAAUACACAUAUAAGAUGGGCGAUUGUAGUUUCCAGGAGAGCUUACUCAGUCCCGGGGCCAAACAGUUUAUGGCACAUAGAUGGCCAUCACAGCCUCAUUACUUGGGGCUUUGUUAUUCAUGGGGGCAUAGAUGGGUUCUCAAGACUGAUUGUAUUCUUGAAAUGUUCAACAAACAACCAUUGUGAAACUGUAGAGCAGUGCUUUGUUUCUCCCGUUGAACAGUAUCAGUGGCCCUCAAGAACAAGAACUGAUCAUGGGGGAGAGAAUACAAGAGUUUGGCAGCUCAUGGAAGAGAGAAGAGGUGCCAACAGGGGUAGCUACAUAGCUGGUACAUCAGUGCACAAUCAAAGGAUUGAGAGACUCUGGCGAGAUGUAUUUUGUGUUGUGUGCCAUAUGUUUUAUUACACAUUCCAAGCCAUGGAGGAGUCUGGUAUCCUUCACCGUGACAACAGGUUACACAUGUUUGUGUUGCAUUUGAUAUAUACUCCAAGAAUAAACAGAGCACUCGAAUCAUUUGUUUCAGCCUGGAAUCAACAUACAAUGCGCACAGAGCGAAAUUGGUCCCCUCUUCAAAUGUGGACUAAUGGCAUGUUAGAUAUCAGAAACCACCAACUAUCAGCAGUUGCAAAUGUUGCUGAUUCAGAAACUGGUCUUGAUGACCUUGAAUGGUUUGGAUUUGAUCCAUAUGCACCAACACCAGAUGAUGAAGGGCUAACUACAGUUGUGGUAGAUGACGUUAAUAUAGAUGUGGAAGACCAUAUUCUCAACCAGCUCAUAAACAACACAAAUCCCUUACAGAACUCAGACAGUUUUGGUAUUUAUUUGUGUCAAGAUAGAUAGAAAACUUUAUUUAACCACGCUAACCCCGUCAACCGAAGCUGAUUUCCACAGGGGGCGUGUAUAGAAGAAAUUACAGAAGUAUAAAAUUUAGAAUAAUUAUUUACAAAAUAUUAGAAAUAGUAUUAAAUAGGUAAAGUAUAGUACCGGUACUUAGUAAGUUAGUCUGCGGGAACAUCUAUUUACAAUUACUAUUAAUGUGAGUAGCGAUUUUAUUCCUAAAAGAGGCAAAGGAUUUGCUUUCUCUAAUUUCCUUCGGAAUAGAAUUCCAAAGGUAGGCUCCGUCAUACAUGAAACUCUUUUUCAUGCUAUUUGUACGCGGUUUAGGUAAGCAAAGACUACUCGAAAUAUCCUGAAGAUUGCAGUUUGUCAUCUCACCUUUAUAUGUGAAAAGAUUAGUGAGUGACUCCGGACCCAUUUUAUUUAAUAUUUUGUACAUUAAUUUUGCUUUAGCUUUUUGUCUUUCCGUUUUGAGUGGCACCCAGCUCAAUGCUUGUAAAGCAACAGAAUGUUCUGUGUCAUUGCUCAUAUUCAUGAUAAUUCGAGCAGCUCUAUUUUGGAGUUUUUGGAGUCGCUUUGAUUGUGUUUCCCCAAACACAUCCCAUACUUCACAACAAUAAUCGAAGUAUGGCCGAACAAUUGCAUUAUAUACAGAAAUAAGAGUUUGUCUAUCAGUAAACUCUUUUAAACGCCAAAGAGCCGAUAUUCCUGCUGUUAUUUUCUUACAAAUAUUGUCAGUAUUACUUUUCCAAGACAAAUGCUGGUCAACUGUCACUCCAAGAGUUUUACAUUCAUAAACUUGUUUAAUUGGUUUGUUUUCAAUUUCAAUAUUAGGUUGUGAAUUUGAAACACUUUUGAUCAUUGGCUUCGAACCAAUUAACAUAAAUUCGGUCUUAGCUACAUUUAGGCUAAGUUUAUUGGCAAUUAACCAUUUUCUAAGGUUUUCCAAAUCAGAGUUCACUGCAGUCUCAAGGUGAGGUAUAGAAUCUCCUGUAGCGGUUAGAUUUGUGUCAUCAGCAAACAACCGAGGUUUUGUAUUAUUUAGACAUUGAGGCAAAUCAUUAAUAUAUAUUAGAAAGAAUAGUGGCCCAAGAAUAGAGCCUUGUGGUACACCACAUUUGAUCGAUUUUUCUGAUGAAAUGGAUCCUUUUAUUUGGCAUUUCUGUUUUCGAUUUGUGAGGUAAGAUUUAAGAAAGGUCAAAGCUUUUCCUUUUAUUCCAUGAAGUUCCAACUUUCUUAACAGAAUUUGAUGAUCAACAGUAUCAAAUGCUUUUUUCAGGUCAAUUAAGACUACAAAGUUAAACAUUUUUCUGUCUAAGUUCAUAAACCAGUCAUUAGUACAGUCGAGUAAUGCUGUAGCUGUAGAGUGA